AUGUCCACUAAUGCGUACGCAGAUCUGCCGAGAUACAUCGCAAACUACUACCUGAGCGAGAAUCUUGGUUCAGGGUACUCUGGAUCAAUAUAUAGAGCCCAUCAUCUUCAUAGCGGCAAGGUCGUCGCGCUGAAAGUCCAGGACGUAAACCAUGAAUGUCCAACCAACCGAUACGAGCGCCGACUCUACCCCUUGCUGCAGGGAGGACUGGGGAUGCCGACCCUGUACACAGCGGGAGUGGAAGGGAAAUGGGACUAUCUCGCCAUUGAUCUGCUUGGAUCUAGUCUCGACCAGCUAUAUCGGCGGAGUAAAAAGGAGACCAUGGACUUGCGGAGUGUGUGCUGCAUUGCAAUGCAAGUCAUCGCUAGGCUAGAGUUCAUGCACUCGAGGGGGGUCCUUCAUCGCGACAUCCAGCUAGGCAACUGUGUCGUCGGUCUCCCCCCGAACGAAAAGACAAUCUAUAUGAUUGAUUUCGGGUUCUCAAAGCAGUACAUCGAUCCCCACACUCGGCGACACAUACCUGAUAGCAAGGCCAAGCGGGACUUCAUCGGAAAUUACUGGUUCAGCUCUGUCGGGGUCCACUGCCGAGGCAAAGUACCCUCCCGCCGAGAUGACUUGGAGGCUGUCGCGCUCAUGCUCAUACACUUACUCACUCCCCGCGGGCUUCCUUGGACGAGGAACGGCGUUCCAAAAACCGACGAAGAGCACGAACGGUUGAAGCGAAAUAAAUCCAAUGCCAGACCGGAAGAUCUAUGCAGAAACCUUCCCGAAGAAUUCGAAGACUUUCUUCGGUAUUGCAAGUCAUUAAAGUUUAUGGACCGCCCCGACUAUGAGAGAUGGAUCGAUGAGUUUCGUGACCUGGCUGUAGACAACGGGUUCUCGGAUAGUGAUGAAUUCAUCUGGCCGCCGCCGCAGCCCCCGAUAACUUCAGUAAAGACCCCACCACCAUUCUCUCCGCUCAAGCUGCCUCGGACGAUCGUCCCUGGCCGGACAGUGGUUGCCCAAGAAGUUGAAAAUAUCCUCCGGGGUCUCGGUAACCUUGCGCUGGUCCCACAACCAGCGCUGCAGGAUAAGAGUCCAAUGCGAGCUGAAAUGAAUCAACGGGCGGUUGAGAAUGCCUACAAAGAAGAUUCCGUUCAUCGUGUCGCCCCAAAGCCAAUACGUGUGCACGCGGUCAUCGAAAUUAGCUCGGGUUCUGAGGAUGAGAAACCCCAUAUGCUUGGGCGCACCCCAAAGGCAUAUCGCUUAGACAGACUCGCCGCGAAGUUGGGUUCGGCGACGGACAACGCGCGACUUGCAUCUAUCGUCCUCGAGUUUAUCCAGGUCUUGAAGGGAUAUAACAGCUCGCGGACAUUGACCAAGGAAGGGUUCGCCUUCCUGGAUGCUCUGCACAAGCAGUUAUCCGACCCCUCUGUGUUCGUGCUCCCUAUGCGGACUUCCAGAUCCCGCAGCAGCAACAGCGGACUUCCUAUUGAUCAGAAGCAGCCCGCGCAUGUGAAAUUAGGAGUCGUGGCAAGACUCAAACGGGAUGUGCAGAACGCGUCAAGCAGUCGAGCAUUAGCCAAGAUGGUCUCAGAUUUUGGCACGGUGACGAACAAAAGUUCAGGGAGGACGAUAACAAAGGACGGGUUCGCUUUCCUUGAAGGACUUGCUGCUAGAUUAGAGACCUUGGGAUAA